UGGUUAAUGAACUGCCAGUUUUAACUCGGUGGCAAAAUGUGCUAAUUUCAGGUGUCUGGUAUUCGCAUGUUCACCCACCUAUGCACCUCUUCAUGAAGCAGUUUGUUGAAGAAGUCAACAGCAUCGGAAAGCUGGUGUGGUCACACGCUGGAAGAACUAUUGAGUCAGCAGUGCACGUUAUUGUGUGUUGUGUGGACUCCCCAGCAAGAGCCGCUAUCCUGAACAGGAAGCAGUACAAUGGGUAUUUUGGGUGCAGCUGGUGCUUGGAGCAAGGCAUCACUAUAGAUGGCACAAUGAAGUACCCUUUCAACAGCCAGAACGCCCCUGACAGGACUCACAGUGGUGUGCUCAAAGGAAUGGUUGAAGCAGCACAGCGUAAGGAACCUGUCUGUGGUAUCAAGGGACCAUCAACUCUGGUCAAGUUGCAAGGCCUUGAUCUUGUUUGGGGGCUUCCACCUGACUAUAUGCAUUGUGUUUUGGAAGGCGUUACCAAGCAGAUCACUGAAUUGUGGCUGUCGUGUACUGGUUCCUCGUGGUAUAUAGGCAGGCACUUGAAGCUUGUAGAUGCAAGACUACGUUCACUAAGGCCACCUAUAAUUUUCUCAAGGUCAGGACGGCCCUUAUCAGACCGGGCAUAUUGGAAGGCGGCUGAAUGGCGCUCUUGGCUUUUGUUUUAUUGUCUGCCAUGUGUGUCCAGCAUACUUCCACGAGCCUAUGUGACGCAUUUUGCACUUCUUACACAAGCAGUCUUUCUUUUGUUGAAAGACAUUGUCAUAGAAGCUGAAAUCUGUACUGCUGAAAAGUUACUGUUAGCAUUUGUUCAGCAGACUGCAAAGCUAUACGGAGAAAGUGCAAUGACAUUUAACAUGCAUCAGUUGUUGCAUCUUUCAAAGUCAGCACGGAUGUUUGGGCCUCUUUGGGGUACCUCGACAUUUCCAUUUGAAGAUGGCAUUGGUAAGGCACUCCAGCUUGUAACAGCUGCUAAGCAUGUGCCUGUUCAAAUUGCUGAACGGUGCAUCAUGCACCAGGCCUACCGGACUGCUUCAGCACAAGUAGAACUUUCGUCUUAUCUUUUGUCUGCAAAGAAGGAGCUGGAGCACACAUAUAAGAGAUGCUUUCAGACAUGUGCUCUUGGGCAGGCACGACCAAUUCAUGAUGUUCCAGAAAAUCUGAAAAGGCUUUUCAUUUCACGAUUUGGUACCCUCCCACAACUAUGCAAGUAUUUGAGGUGCCAGGUUGGCCCGAUUGUUAUUCACAGUUCCGAGUACUCUGUGCCAAGAAAAACCUGCUCUUCCUAUGUCAAAAUGUCCGAUGGCAUGUACUGUUAUAUCUUGGCCAUUUAUGUUGUUUCAGGCACUAUGUACUUUCACUGCCAGCAGCUGCUCACUACGCCCAGUGCAUUCGAUGUGCCACACAUUUUGCAGUGCCGUCAUCCACCUCCAACUGAGAACCACUUCUUGUAUUGCGUUGAAGACAUAACAUUGCAGUGUGUCUUCUUAAGUGUUGGUAACAUCUCAUAUUUAUCUGAGUUACCUAAUAAGGUAGAAAAGAACUAAAUCGAAAUUUGAAGGUUCAUUCCAUGAUUGAAGAUUGCAGGUACAGGUGACUGAUUAAUUUAAACUCUGGAAAGAUAGUUGUAGAGUCAUUAUUAAGGUCGAGUAGUUGUAUUUAUCAAUUCCAAAUUGUGUCGUCUGUCGAACUGUAGCAGGCUACUACAAUUUAACCGUGUGUACUUUCUCCAAUAUAUAGGCUUGUGGGAGCAGCGUGCUGAUUGCGGAUAGUGUACAGCUGUUAUCCUGUAUUGACGAACCUUCUGUGCUGUGUCUCAAAACACUGGGCUUUAUGUGAUCCCAUUGUCGUUGUACUAAACCAUUAAGGCCUUUAACGUGCCCUGAAUGGUGCCUUAGCUUUUCCAAAACCGCUCCUUCCGUCCAGAUCGGGUUCCCUCCGAAGUUUCGAAAGAAAAAUGCUUGUCCUGCAACAAGUGCUCUCGAAACUGUGUUGCAUAUGCAGUUGGUAUGGGUUUUGUUCGCUUUUGCUUGGGGCUGAAUGCAUGGGUGCUGUAUACAGCUCGUGCCCGAGCAUAAGUGCAGCGGUUGUUUGCCCAUUGAUGUGGAGACAGUGGUGUGUUGCUUUAGCAAGAACUGGGCCAGCCUACACAGGAAUGUUCUGUCCUUGUUUUUGGCGAAUGCUCGUUUCGUUUCAAAAGCCAUACUUUCUGCUUGACCAUUCAUUAGAGGGUGACACGGUGCGCUUGUUGCAUAUGUCACCCCAUUCUUCUUUAGGAAACUCUCAACUUCUACUGAAAUGAAGGAAGGUCUAUUAUCCUCGCAAGCUUUUUGGGAGCCCAAAUAUUGCGAGACAGUUCAGGAUUUCUUCAAUCAAUGUGGCAGACUGUAUGUUGGCCAUAGAGCACAUUUCGAACGAUUUGCUGUAUGCUUCGACAAUAAACAGCAUUCAGCCUUUUACAGGGCCAGCAAAGUUUGCGUGAACUGUGUCCCAAGACGUUAAUGCAUAUUCCCAUUCGGAGACCGGUGCCCUAGUUGGUGCCCUUAAGUGUUGACAAGUUGCACAGCUUUUAGCAAGCCUUUAGAUGUCUGUGUCAAAGCCUUGCCACCAAAAUUGACUGCAUGUGCAUGGCUACAGGGCCACAAUUCCACAGUGGUUUUCAUGCGCGAGUUCAAGAAGGUCAUUUCUCACCUUUGUUGAAAUUACCACCCUGGAGCCUCUA